GUUGAACUCAUCUGACUUGGUACAAGUUGUUCCAACAACUUGUUAUCGUCCUGAAAUUCAACAAUUUGUCAACAAGUUGUGAGUGACAACCUUGUAGCAACUUGAUAAAAUAACAGCAUUGUUACAACUUGUUGACAAGCUUGCUACAAGCCUGUUGCGAACACAUCUUCUUGACAAGUUGUGAGAAUUUUACGUGUGUGGAUCUAGCUUCAAAGAUCUUAUUUAAUCUAAUGCAAUCCAAAUUUUAUUUAAUCUCAAAAGUUAAUCCUUGAUCUGAAUCCUAAUCCUAAAAUAAAGAUUUAAAGACCACAAAAGAGAUUAGUGCCCAGGCCAGACUAAUAUAGCGCGGCCAAUAUGGAGGACGAAGACGAAGAAAUUUCGAAUCUUCUAAAGAAAGAAGAAAUAGAGAAUGAUGAUAAAACUACCAACUAUCGUCGCUUAAUAACUGGAGGAAUAGUUCUUGUGUUUGUUGAUCUUCUUUGGGUUGGCUCUGCUGAACUAUCUGAUGUAUGUAGUCAUAAAAUAUGGUAUUAAUAUAGUACGUCUUCAAUAGUUCAAAUAGUUCAGUUUGUGACAUGUAAAGCUUUUGCUAAGCUGUUGCCAGGAAAAUGUAAACAAGGCAAGGGGCCUUUCCUUGGCCUGGGAGGCCUUGGUUUAGUCUGUCUCUGAUGAAAAUAUUAAGUUCAAUGUCUUCCAUUUUUAUUAUUCUUUUAUUUUUACCUUGUAGUUUAUAUUUCACAAUGAAGGAUUUGACAAACCAUUUUUUACGACAUACUUCAAGACGACAGCUUUUGUUUUGUAUCUGCCUUGGGUGUGGAUGAAAUCUCUAUGUCAAAAAUACUUCACUACUACGAAAAACAUUCCAAAAACUAAACAGCUUCCCAACACUUCAGAAAACUUUUUCCAUGCCAUAAACUCUGUAAGUACAUCGCAAUACGCACUUCCAAAAAGUGUGUCACCUUGGCAAUAGUGCCUUGUUUUAAUGAUUGAGACACGGCCUUUAACUGAUGUCCGGAUACACAAAAACGAGGCUCUGUAGCCAAAGUGAUGUACUUGCCACUGUUAUAAAAUCCAAUUGACAAAGGUCUCAGCCUGGCCUAAAAAUAUAUUGGCAAUCUUAAAUUUUAAACUAUUUCAUUCUUUAGGAUAAAUCUGAUGAUCGAAAUGAAGACAUUUAUUGUGAGCGUCCUAAAUAUUUACAUGAUAAUGGUGAGUUCACCCAGUUUGACAGUUUUUUGCUCAACUUUUUAAAAAUAAGAAAAUUAUGAAAAUAGGAAAAUCAAUUUGUUGCUCAGUCAAUGUACUUAAAUAAUAAUUUUAGAUCAUUCAGAAGUUGUUCCCAUUCAAAAGCUACCAGUCAUUUUAGUGAUGAAAAUUGCAUUAAUAUUUUGCAUUUUGGUAAGUAUAUGUUUACGUGUAGUUCGACAUUUUAAUUAAUAUGUCUUUGUUUUAUUACUGUAACUACUUUUUUAUUAUUGAUAGUGGUUUUUAGCAACUCUAUCAUAUCAAGAAGCGUUGGCGCUUACCUCACCAGCGGCUGUUAAUAUCUUAUCAUCAUCUUCUGGUAUGAAUCAGUUUUGUUUACAGUUCUGAUAAUUUGCACCUUUCUAAUUUUAUGCUUGUUCCAUAUAUUUCAGGUUUAUUUACGCUCAUCUUAGCCGCCAUUUUCCAAAGUUCUCAAAACGAUAGAUUUUCAUAUUCCAAAUUAGUAGCUGUUUUCAUGAGGUACGUAAAUGAAAAUAAUUCAACGUCUGAGUGAUCUGUAGAUGUUUAUAAAUGACUAAGAUGCAGUCUCAGGCUCCCUGUGGCUACGCCUUUAUGCACACAAGAUUAACAUUGUUUCGUUUGUUGUCUAGUAUUUCAGGAAUUGCAUUGGUCACAUUUUCUGACUCACAUCAGACCAAGGGUGGUGUUAACUAUGGUGCAAUUUUCUCACUGGCUGGUGCUAUAUUGUAAGUACCAUCAUUUGCAACCAGUAUCCGAAUGUAUAAGUACCAAGCACUAUUCUUAUGUAUGGUUUCAGGUAUUCUUGUUAUCUUGUUCUUUUGAAACUAAAAGUACCAAACGAGAACCAAAUGGACAUUGCUACAUUCUUUGGUAUGUUAAAAAUAUAUCAUUUUUAUGGUAGGUUCUGAGUUAUCUACAGUAUGAGGAACAGUUUAGAGCUGCAUGACAGAGCUAUCCAGUAUCUAUCUAGUUCAAGGUUUAGUUUUGAUCCAUUGACUGUGAUAAAAUAUUCAUAUGAUUGAUUAGGUUUUGUUGGGUUAUUUAACAUCCUUUUCCUAUGGCCUGGCUUUUGUGUUCUUCAUGUGACGAAUAUUGAAAAAUUUGAGUUACCUCAAGGUUGGCAAGUGUGGUGUUCUCUGACAGUAAAUGCAGUGUUUGGGACUGUUUUGUCCGAAUAUUUAUGGCUGUGGUAUGUGAUUUCUAUUCAUAAUACAGUUACGUACUUUCUGUCAUAGUCCCUGUGAGUGAAGGGUGAAGGCCAGCCAGAUGGCGCAGUUUAGCUCUAAAGGUCCCGCAAACUAUAAAUAUUCAUAUGAAUUCUGUUAUGACAAACUAGGGGUUGUUAUUUGACGUCUUCUCUGUCUGCUACUUUGGCUCUGGGGAUGGUUAUGCCCCUGACAAUGUUGACUGAUAUUCUUAGAGGAAGGGUAAGUCAAAGAAUGGCUCUGUAGCUCAGUUAGUUGGAUGCCUAAAAUCCUCACAAAAAGUAAUCGAAGUUCUCUUAAUCCUUCCUUGUUUUUAGAUCCAGCUUUCAUUCAUGUUUGUGGCUGGUUCAGUCCCAGUUUUUCUCUCGUUCUUUCUGAUCACGUAUUUAUGUCACUAUGAAAACUGGGAUCCUGUCAGAACUGGAUUCAUCUCACUCUAUCACCGUUUGCGACGAACUUUGUCCUCAUGAUAUGUUUAAAUUAAUGUUUGUAUAAAAAGUGACAUGCUGUAUAUGAUAAAUUAAUUAGAAAUUUAAAUUUUUUAAUGAAUUAUUUGUAUAAAUAUAUAAUAAAUCAUUUGUAUAAAAAUGUAAUAUAUCUUAUGAAGGUUUUGCAUGGUUUUUCUCACAGGAACCCAGGCUAUGCUUAUGUCUGCUUUGAGCUUUUGCCCAUGCUUGGCCUUUAAUAACCCCCCCUUGAAAAAUUUAUAAUAAAAAAAAUAAAAUAAUGAAAAAUAAUAAUGUACAUAAUUCUCUCGAGUAAAAUCGGUACACACUUCAAGAAUGCUCAUGUAUAUAACUCAAUGC